AUGACGGAUGAUAAUAUAACUGUGAGUGAUAAUUCAGAUCUGGAAGAUCUAACUACACCGGAGCUCCGCGGAUAUUUGAGUAAAUGGACGAAUUACAUUCAUGGGUGGCAAGAUAGAUUUAUUGUGUUAAAAGAUUCAACAUUAUCUUACUAUAAGAGUGAGCUUGAGAGUAAUUUAGGAUGUCGUGGUGCGCUUUGUUUAAAGAAGGCCAAAGUCAAGCCUCAUGAAUUUGAUGACCGAAGAUUUGAUGUGUCCGUCAACGAUUGUGUGUGGUACUUAAGAGCUUCCAAUCCUGAAGAAAAGCAGCAAUGGAUUGAUGUUUUGGAAUCAUUUAAGGUGGAAUCAGGGUAUGGAACUAACUCGGACAGCAGCUCAAAUGGAGGGGGUCUUAGAAGACAUGGUUCUAUCACGUCUCUCCAAUCAACCGGUUCACAUGGUCGCACAUCCCGGAGACUGGCUGAGAAAAUUGCAGAGCUGGAGACAUACAGCGAUAUUCUGUCAAAGCAAGCGAUUCAGUUGCAGCAUUACUAUGAUGUGUGCAUCUCGUGCUAUCCACAGAUAAACGACGAUAUCACAGAGGCUAUUGACGCUGUCAAAUUGGCGGAUAGCAUAGAUCAGAAGAAAAACUUGGAGGAGGUGCGCGCGACUAGCACGUCCUUCCGAGCGACUUGUAGCGCGACUAUCGCCACUGUUCAACACUGUGUCGACUUGUUAAAACGGCGCGAGAGACAGGCGAGAUCUGCUGAGGAACUAUACAUGGCAUUGAAGAAUCAAUUGAAUGAAGCUCGUUUAUCGUCGAAGCCGGGACCCGACGACGAGGAGGGACCACACUCUACCCUUCCAGACGACGAGUUCUACGAUGCAGUGGAGACUGGCUUCGACAAAAUGGAGGAGGAGAGGUGCGCGAGGGUGUCUUCCCCAACGGAGGUCACUCGAGAUGAGGUCGAGUUGCCCCCACCGGCCAUAGACAAUAGGCUCACUGUGCACCCGCUCUGGCCAGAGAUUGACAGGAUAUCAACGGAACAAAUCCAAGCGGCCUUUGAAGGUGUCGGCGGUGAGAUAGGAUGGCAGCUGUUCGCUGAAGAGGGAGACAUGAGGAUGUACCGACGUGAGAUGGAAGUGGACGGCAUGGUCAUGGACCCGCUGAAGGCGAUGCACAAAGUACGAGGCGUCUCUGCGCGUGAGAUGUGCCAUUACUUCUUCAACCCUCGCUACCGGUACGAGUGGGAGACUACGCUAGAGACGAUGAACAUAGUGGAGGACAUAUCGACGGACACGCUGGUCUUCCACCAGACCUUCAAACGCAUCUGGCCGGCGUCCCAGCGCGAUGCCCUCUUCUGGUCGCAUGUCCGCUCCGCGCCGCAACACACGUACGCCGUGACCAAUCACUCUACCACACACGCUGAUUAUCCGGCAAACACAGGAGCCUGUAUCCGCCUGAUAGUGACGGUCUGCCUCGCCUGUCGCUCCACCUUCCCGCCAAAUGAGACGCCGUGCAGAGAAAACAUUACCACGAGCAUCGCUUAUUGUAGUACAGUGAAUCCUGGUGGCUGGGCGCCAGCUGGUGCCCUCCGUGCGAUCUACAAACGCGAAUAUCCCAAAUUCCUCAAACGAUUCACGAACUACGUGGUCGAUCAGUGCCGGGACAAGCCACUGGCUAUCUAG